CAGCCACAUUUUUCCAAGGUCCUGAGUACAGAACUCCAAAAGGAAAAAAAUUCACACGCACGCACUGCAUAAACAAUGCCGAUUUCUAGGAUCGCCAUUGGAUCUCCGGCCGAGGUUGGCCAAGUUGAUGCUCUCAAGGCUGGUCUGGCUGAGUUCAUUUCAAUGCUCAUCUUUGUUUUCGCUGGAGAAGGCUCCGGCAUGGCAUUCAAUAAGCUCACGGAUGAUGGCUCGACGACUCCAGCAGGCCUCGUGGCAGCAGCCCUUGCUCAUGCUUUCGCACUUUUUGUCGCUGUUUCAGUGGGCGCAAACAUUUCUGGUGGACACGUCAACCCCGCAGUCACAUUCGGAGCCUUUGUUGGCGGGCACAUAACACUAUCUCGGAGUGUCUUGUAUUGGGCUGCUCAGUUGCUUGGCUCGGUAGUGGCCUGCUUGCUUCUUAAGUUCUCGACCGGGGGAAUGGAAACAUCAGCAUUUUCGCUAUCAUCCGAUGUCAGUGUGUGGAAUGCACUGGUCUUUGAAAUAGUGAUGACAUUCGGCCUCGUCUACACAGUCUAUGCAACUGCCGUUGACCCAAAGAAGGGGAAUAUAGGGAUUGUUGCGCCAGUUGCAAUUGGGUUCAUUGUGGGUGCCAACAUCUUAGCAGGUGGAGCCUUCGAUGGAGCAUCAAUGAACCCGGCAGUCUCAUUCGGGCCAGCUGUCGUGAGCUGGUCUUGGGACAGCCACUGGGUGUACUGGCUCGGCCCCUUUGUCGGCGCCGGCAUUGCCGCAGUUGUCUAUGACACCUUCUUCAUCAACCAAACCACACAUGAGCAGCUCCCAUCAGCAGAUUUUUAAAGUAAUUAACUUUCAGUUCAAGCAGUGAAAAAUGGUCUGCAGGUCAUUGGGUUCCAUUAGUUGGUGUCCUGGGUGUUGUGUGUAUCUUUCUAUCGUCAAUUGUACCUUUCAUGUGAAGUCUUUUUUAAUUUUUGGUGCA